GCGCUGCGUUUAUUUAUCGGGUUGUUUUUGAGCCUCUCACGUGCUCUGUUUGGACGAGCGGGGCGUGCAGCCGCCUGGCUCUCGCGCCGGCCCCCGCCUCGUGGGAGACCGGGAUUCCAUCUUUCGUGAUGGCAUCCUUAAGGGAUCGGGGUUUGGAGACGUAACUUCUCCGCGCGCGCGCAUCGGAUUAUGCCCAGGGCUUUUCUACCCAAUGAUCCUCUUGCAACACGCCGGGCUGCCUCUGCCUAAGCGGCCCCCAUCCUCUCCUCCUAUGUCAGUGGCCGCCAGGUCUACAGGGACCUUGCAGCAUCCACCGCAGAGGCCUUUUGUGCAGGAGGCUUCCUUACCGCUGGCAGGGGAAGAAGAGUUACCAAAGGCAGGGGAGCAAGACCCUACCCUGGAGGAUCUGUGUAAGCCCCUUUACUGCAAACUCUGCAAUGUCACCUUGAACUCAGCGCAGCAAGCCCAGGCUCAUUAUCAGGGUAAAAAUCAUGGUAAGAAACUCAGAAAUUACUAUGCAGCAAACAGCUGUCCUCCUCCUGCCAGAAUGAACAAUGUGGUAGAACCUGUGGCCACGCCAGCUGUUCCAGUCCCUCCACAGAUGGGCUCCUUUAAGCCGGGAGGCCGAGUGAUCCUGGCCACAGAGAAUGAUUACUGUAAGCUCUGUGAUGCCUCCUUUAGUUCUCCAGCUGUGGCUCAGGCUCACUAUCAAGGGAAGAAUCACGCCAAGAGACUGCGGCUGGCGGAAGCUCAGAGUAACUCAUUCUCGGAAUCCUCAGAGGCCGGUCAACGGCGGGCCCGGAAAGAAGGGAAUGAAUAUAAAAUGAUGCCCAAUAGGAGAAAUAUGUAUACAGUACAGAAUAAUACAGGCCCGUACUUCAAUCGCCGCUCUCGGCAGAGAAUUCCGCGUGAUCUGGCCAUGUGCGUUACUCCAAGUGGCCAGUUUUACUGCUCGAUGUGCAAUGUUGGGGCUGGCGAAGAGGUGGAAUUCCGGCAUCAUUUAGAGAGCAAGCAGCAUAAAAGCAAGGUGUCUGAACAGCGGUACAGGAAUGAGAUGGAGAAUCUGGGCUAUGUAUAGGAUCCUUGUGUUCAGAUAGAGCAGCUCGUCCUGCCUGUUAUUUGCCUUCUGUCAACAUGCCCUGCUUUGUGGUCCUUUUGAUAUAAGUACAUUCCUCUGCUUAAUGUUAAUACGUGUAACUGCAGUGGUACCGUGAGAUGUCAACAUUGGGGAAGGACAAGAGCGUGCGCCUUAGGUCAUGAUGCUUUUUCAGGUCAGCUGUGUUGAGUUACUUAGAGCAUGUGACCUCCCUACCCCAUGAGAAAUAAAUUUUUAUCUCGACCAAGUUCUGGUCAGGUAAGAAGCCUGACCACUUAGAGCUUUAACUAUUUAAAAAUCUCAUCUUCUUUUGCAAUUUUGUGUACUGUUAAGGAUUUUAUUGAGUUCUUCAGAUCACAGUAAAAACAGGUAAGCAGAGGUUUCACUUUCCCAAGGCUCCUUUGGAACCCCACCUCAACUCAAUAUCUUGUCGGUAGGACAUACUGUUAUAAACUGCAUUAAGGUCUUUCCCAGGACAUUUUUCCUCUUAUCAUGUCUUCCCAUGAUUGAGAUGAAGGUUUUCUUAGAUUCAGACACCUCCGAUGUCCUUGUGGACUUCCAAACAGUGUAACUUCAUUUCCAGUUAUGGAUUUCACAUGUUUAAAUGCUACCUUUCCCCAUCCUCGCCACCCUGGUUGAAUUAGCUUGUCCCAUAAGGUCUUUUUCAUGCCCCAUCUAUGUUGUGGGAUUUCCAAGCCCCACAUUUGAAUAUCCAAUGAAUUUAAGAUAGAUACGAUAUUUUUUUAAAAAAAUAUUUUUCAGCUGGUUUUAGGAAAUGUAAAGAUGUGUUUAAUUUUUCAAUUUAGAGUUACUUAGUUGAUAAUAACUUGUUACUUAUAUGAUGGCCUCAGUCAUAAACUUAGAUCUCUGGGUAUUUGGUUUGGCAGACUUUGUAGAUACACUGAUCAUUAUAUUUUACUUACAUUCAUCUGUGUGUUGUUAGUUGGCUGUCCUGAAAAAUACUGUUUCAUAGAGAGGAAUUUUUAAAAAGUUGAUUCAAUUUCAUUAUCAUUUCAAGUAGGAAAAUACAUGAACUUUGAUUUUAUUCUUUCUAAUUCAGCUUCCUUGAAAAUAGUAGAAAUACAUUAUAGAUUACUUGUUAUCUGAUAAUUACAGCAGUAUUAUUAGUUUUGUAUUUUUUUUUAAAGCUCUAGUGUAUGUCUAGAUUAAGUAAUGAGUACUCUAUGAACUUUCAUUAACUGUAUUUUACCUACUUACUGUAUUUACAUGGAUAAGGCUGGUGCUCAUCCAUACUUCUUUUGAAAGGCCACAAAGAAGUUUAUGUUGAGCAGUAUUUUUGCAUUAUGGUCAAUUCAUACUUGAUUGCUUAUUAAAAAAUACCAAACUCCCGUUGUCCCUUGAGAAUUCUAUGUGCAAAGAGAUGGGGAGAAGGAAAAUUACAACAAUUCCUUUCUUUAGUACUUCUAAACAAUGUUGAAUGCUCUAGACUCAUGUUUAAAAUUCAGUUUUGUGAUUCACCUCUGGUACAGUAUCAAGUCACUCUUCUGUUGGAGUGAUGGUUUUUGAAAAGUAAAAUUAUUUAAUAAUAUUUUUCUCUCCCAGAAACAGAAGAAUAAUAUUCAGUUGAGAUUCUCUUUAGAGCAGUGACUCUUAGCAAAAUAAUCCUUUGUGCAGUAAUUUAUAAAAUACAGUUGAUGAGUUUAGGGCAAUUUAGAACUUAUUUUAUUGGUCAGUACGUUGUUCAUUUUGCUGCUAAGUAUAAUUUUUUUGUAGAUUUUAAUAUUACAGUGCUGGCCACUUGGUUCUCUGAUUAUUUAAAAAUCCCAUUUUCCCUUCUUUCUGUAUGUGUAUUUAUAUACAUAUAGACACAUGUAUAAAAUUAUAGGUAUAUGCUUUUAUGUGUUACCGCAGAGAAGAUUUCAUUGACUUCUUAUUUCAGAUAACAGUAAAAGAUUGUGGAUAAGAAUUUGCAUUUUGUAAAAGUGACAUUCAUCCACUUUCAAAUAAAAUUAAAGGAAGGGUUUUCCUCACUGUCCCCACCUAAUAAUUUCAUUAUAUAUACAAAAACCAGUGGCUUUAAGGCCUUGAUGUGUUUUCCUGGCCUUUCGUGUUCAGGUUGCCAGUCUCCCAGUGCCCUUAAUGGAUGUUAGGAAUGCAUAAACGCAUUUUCUUUGAAAGAAAAAAGAUCUCUAGUGUUAUUUCUUACUUGCUAUAUUUCUUUGCACUAAAAAAGAGCUAUGUGUUUGUUUUAUAUGAACACUUUAGAUACCAUAUUGCCUACAAUAACUUGGUUUGCUCCUUAAUUUCUAAACUCUAGGAAGUUGGUAAAUAACUUCCGUGAUCAUUUAUAGAAGUUACAUACACAUCCCCCUGAAAAGCCCCUACACAUCUCUGUGACAGUGGGCUGUGUUCUGGGCUCAAUACCUUGCAAUGGUCUGUGUUCCAUAGGUGAGACAAAGGGUGAGGCUGUCAGAAAGGAAAUGCCUGAAUAAAGACAUUUCUGCAUGGUGCAGUUUCUCAUAUCCAUGCAUCCCUCAUAGACAGUGUUUUCCCUGCCGGAAAGCUUGUUGUGACUACUGCAGUCCGUGACUUGUGAUCUCUGUUGAUUUCAUUUGUGAAGUCCAGUCUUGCUCUGUAACGUGCUUGAGACUUUGCACCCUGUGUUCCCAGGAGUCAUGUUAGUGUCUUUGAUAUGCUGUGUACAAGGACAGACUGAGGCCCAACUGACGGAACAUCUGGAGUCAAUUAAAUUAAAUAGAUUUCAAUAAUCACCUGCAAGAACUCAUGGCAUCCAAGUCUAUCUUCUCUGUGAAUAUCUUUGUGUAAGUUGUCAUUGUGAGAAGAUGACAGAAACUCUGCUAACAUAUUGAGGGCAAGAAGUUGUAAAGGAAAAAUUCCACAUCCCAAUUAAAAGAUUGGAUUGCAUAUGCCUUCGAAGUGUUGUUUUUUUCCCCCCCCAAAAAAGUGAAGCUAUAAAACUGAGUGUGCCAUGUACUCCUUUUGACUCCACAUUGAACAGAAAAUACGUUACUGGUCUUGUCUUUGUAUAUCACAUACUGCAACUUGUAAAUAUGUGCAUGUUGUUUAUUACAUUUGUCUGCCUGCCUCCUCUUGCACUGAAUUCUCUAAGUGAAUACUUUUUGUAUACCACCCAUUUUGAAAAAGUUCCUCCUCCAAUUCUUCACUCUAAUAGGGCAGGUACACGUAGAAAACCAAUUCGGUUUCUGAACUCUGAGAGUGAGUGAAGAAUCGUGACUGAGGUCAUCCUUAUGUCCCUCUGACUUGAACAGCUAAAGGCAGCAUGAGAUCUUCCACCUUAUUCUGCAGAGCUGUUCUAUGGCUGGCACACUUGCUGUAGCUACGCAGCUACACUUUGAACAGAGAUCAAAUGUAUCCUCCUCUGAAGAUAGAGUUUAAGGAUUAGCUGUGGGAUUUAUGAUUCCGAAUUGGCUGGAACAAUGAGCAACGAACAGUUUGAGGACUGUCCAGUGACCUAUGUAAAAUGAGUUUGCUCAGAUCAUGGGAGAACUGUAAUUGUCCUGCAUAAUAUUCUCCACAGAGCAGCCUAGGAAAGAUGGGUUUGGAACCUAAUCUAUUUUGUUUCUUCAGAACUUCAGCUGGAAGUACUCGGUAAAGAACUUGGUGAGACAUAUAAGGACAUUAGAGCUACUUUAGAAAUUAGACAAAUGCUUUGUUAGUAUAGGGAAAGUUUGAUGUUGAAGAGAUGUUUAAAAAUAUUCUACCUUACAAAGAUUUUUUUUUUUUUUUUUUUUUUUUUUUUUUUUUAGCACCAGCCAAAUCACUGUUAUGGAGUUUCAUACAUAAUAGUGUUUUGAAGUUGCUUUUAUUUUUGGUGGUGGAUCCCUACUAUUGGGAGUUACCGGUCUAACAAAAUGGACAAACAUCUGUGUAAAUAGCUUCCCAUAUAUUUGUUCUGAUAGCUCUUUUGACUUUUUCUUCCCAUUUUGAAUCGGAGGAUCAUUGUAAACCCCCUUUCUGGGUAGCCACCAAAACAACAACAAAAUACUGGCUUAUAGUCCCAUGUGACCCUGUUUUUGUUAAGCCCAGAAUAUGAGUGCCUUUAGCAAGUUUUAGCAUUUCACAGAGAGAAGAGAUGUUAUAAUUAUUGUCAUUAAUCACAGUUCAUUACACAGAAGCUUGGAAAGGCAAAGGUCUGUGUGAAUUCUAUGUUCUACACCUUUUUCCCCCUCUUAAUGCUGUCUCAAUUUGAUAUUGAAUAAAACUAUUAUUAGUGUUGAUCAGGAACCAUACACCAUGAAAAUGAAUUCAGCUGUCUAGACUGCCAACAGUCACAGAUUAUUUUUCACCUUUAUCUGUAUUACAUUUAUAUUUAGUGAAGGGUGGUGUGGUGGGUUGGGAAGAGCUUGACACUGACUUUAAGAACUUCAUUCCAGUGUUCUUUUUCAAACUUGUGUCUUCUGUAGAGAGAAGAGAAUUAUGUAUUACAAAUAAGUGUGGGAAGAGAUUGUCAUGCUCAGUAGGUAACAAGUAUGUCACUUUGUCUCUACGUUAAAAAAAAUCAUCUUCCCAAAUCAGGUCUGAGGACUCUUAAAGCGAAAAUUUUCCUACUUCAGAUAACUUUUAAAAUUCCAAAUUGCCGAGUACUUUGAGUCUUUAAAACAUACUACUAAAUUUAUUGUAGAAAUUUAACAUUUUAUUAUGAAAAUUUUCAAACACAUACCAAAUUUUUUUUACAAUAUACCCACCACUAGAUUCUACAAUCAAUAUUUUACUAUAUUUGUAUUACCACAUAUCUAUCCAAUCCUCUAUUCAUCCACCAUUCCAUAGUUUAUUUUAAAUAUACAUUUCAGUGUAAAUUUCAGACAAUACAUUUUCCUUAACCACUUUAGCAUAGGUGUCGUUAACUAGAUUUAAUAUUUGUUUAAAUAUCAGUAGCUUUUAAAAAGCAGCAUCUCAAUGAUAAGUUUAGGUCAUAUGUUUCUUGAACUCAUGAAAUUGAUAACCUGAGCCAGUUAACAUACAGUUUUUCUUCUGUGGACUUUCGCCUUCCAGUUUCUGUUUUUGUAUGUGUUUAGAGUGAGGGAAGACAACUUUCAAACUGAAGUUUUCUCGAGUUGGUCAUUUUAGAUGCUUAGUUGUCAUAUGUCUUAAAGUUUCAUGACAAUAAUUUCUCCCUUAUCCCUGUUGUUAUGAUGUAUGUUGCUGAACUAUGCAGCUUCUUUAAAAAAUUGUAAGUUGCUGAUUGGGGUUUAUUAAAUCAGCGUAUACCUCAUUUCAACCUGCUGCUGCUUUUCUCAUCUUACCAUGUUUCCUUCACUACUUUCACCUGUUCUACCACUAAGUAUAGAGUCAAACCCGUAGAUGGUUAGUUGUUUUAAAUAACUCUAGAUGAGCAGAUUAAGUAGUUUAGAAAGUUAAAAUCAUUCAUUUCUCUAAAGCCUUUGAGUUCCCUGACAAUGGUACUUGCCCAUGCUUCCUCCAGCCAUAAUAAGCAGGAUUGAAAAUGACUGUACUGUACAAUGAGUUGUUGAAAUUGUGAGCCUUAGUACCCAUCUUUAGCUUUAUGGAAAACUUUUUUUUUUUUUCUUUUACAUAUGCCUUUAUUAUGGCACUUUUUUUUGGUGGGUAAAGAAUUUAAGUGACUUGCUCCAGGGCAUGAAUAUGCAAUGGAUAUGUCAGAAUGGAAACGUCAAUGUUCUUGAAUCUUACACUUGUGCUAUUUUGAUAAGAUUCAAGGCUUCUAAAAUAACAUUUUCUUUGGGGCCCUUCAAGUGAAAUUAUGAAUCUUUAGUAAUUUUGACUUUUCCUUUUUAGGCAUUUCAUAUCUUUUUGAACUUAAAGAUCUUUUCAUGGCCGUAGUUCCCAUUAAGCCAAUGAAGUUGCUGAAAAUAGAACUUUACUGUUGAAUACUAAUGAAUGCAGUUUUUAUCGGAUUUAUUUUUGCAUUUCAAUGACUUUAAUGAUUCAUUCAUAAUUCUUUCCAUGUAAGUGCUUAAGUGACCCCCUCACUAGUGAAAAUAAAUGUUCUCUAUCACUGGUUAUAUGUAUAUUCUCUACAUGAUCUAUUUUUUUAAGGAAAAGUAACCCCGUAUGUCAGAAGGAAUGAUAAUAUCCUAGGGCAAAGAACAUAGAAAGUUUAUUUCUACUUUGCAAAUCUGGCAUUUACAGGAACAAAACUCUUUUAGAGGGGCUGAUUGUUGUUUGCCUUCUCUUGGUACUUGAGCUCCUUCCUGUGGUUUUGUAAAUCCGUGUGUCAUUUUAUAAGAAUUUCAUGUUGAUUCUGUGUAAAUUGGUGUUUACCUUGUGGUAUCCUCGGCUGCCCACAAUAAUUUAAUUUGGGUAUGGUGUGUCAGCUUUGAAAUGCCUUACUAGAGUAUGUCAGAUUGCUCUAACGCAUUCCUUUUAUCUGCUAGGACAAUACACAUUGCCUCUCUUGGCUGUAUGCUCUAGAUCCAGAAGCAAAAGCAACUUUGCUUUCACUGUUAAGGUUGCAUUUUAGUGCAGCUACUGUUCUAAAUUAGAGAAUAAAAUCAUGGAAAAGCAAGGGUGACAUUAAAGCCCUUCAUUUAAUGGCAUGGCAAGCUUUUAAAACAGUUUUUGCUAUUUCACUAGAACAAUGUCUCUAGUAAAGUCCAUAGCUGAAAAAAAUAAAAUAAAAUAAAAUAAAAGCCAGCCAAAAAGUUGUGAAAUUGGGGUUGCUCCCUCAAAUGAUUUCUCAGUGUCCUACAGGGGUUUAACAUGGUGUGUGCUGUUGGUGCCAAGUGCCAGUCCACGUAUUGGAAAUCUGCUUCUGUUCUGGGGCUACAGAAAUGACAAAAGUGUCAUGGGAUUAAAACCAAUCAGCUGUGAAUUGUGAAAUUGAAAUUGCUCUUUUGGUUUUAUGUUCUUCUGCACAUUGAAUUAGAAAUCAAAAAAGUUACUUAAAAUUUAUACUGCUGAUGUUGAUGGCUCGUUCUGGCUGUGUAUCCUCACCAUGUAUUGAUUUCUGAUAAAGGCUUGACGUUAUUAUAACAGGCAUUUUGUGUUCAAUUGAAUAAAACACUUUCUGAGUCUUGUCUGC